CUCUCACUUGAGUGGAGAAGUGUCGAGUGUGGUUUGUGUUAAUGUGAUUCGAACCUGGAAAUUAGUGAAAUUAUUUGGGAUAUCUGGUGUCUGAGGCCGAACCGAAAAAAUGGAUCAGAUAACACCUAAAGAAGUCAAAAUAUUGGAAACAGCUGAAGAUAUUCAGGAACGCCGUGAGCAGGUGUUACACCGAUACAGCGACUUCAAACAAGAAGCGAGAUCCAAACGAGAAAAGCUCGAAGAUUCCCGUCGUUUUCAGUAUUUCAAACGGGAUGCCGAUGAACUCGAAUCUUGGAUCAAUGAAAAACUCCAAGCAGCAUCAGAUGAAAGUUACAAAGACCCAACAAAUUUACAGGCAAAGAUUCAGAAACACCAAGCCUUUGAAGCUGAAGUGGCAGCACAUAGCAACGCCAUUGUUUCGUUGGAUAAUACAGGAAUGGAAAUGAUCAAUCAGGGGCAUUUUGCCUCAGACAUUAUUCGAAGGCGACUUGAUGAACUGCAUCGUCUUUGGGAACUUCUUCUGUCCAAACUUGCUGAGAAGGGUAUGAAGCUGCAACAAGCUUUGGUGCUUGUCCAGUUCCUACGUCAGUGUGAUGAAGUCAUGUUUUGGAUAAAUGAUAAGGAAACAUUUGUGACGACUGAUGAGUUUGGCCACGAUUUAGAACAUGUUGAGGUCUUGCAGCGAAAGUUUGAUGAAUUUCAGAAGGAUAUGGCUUCACAAGAAUAUCGUGUCACUGAAGUUAACGAACUAGCUGACAAGUUAAUUAUGGAAGGACACCCAGAGAGAGACACUAUCAGUCAACGGAAAGAGGGACUUAAUGAAGCUUGGAUGCAUCUUAAGCAGCUGGCUUUAAUGCGCCAAGAAAAACUAUUUGGUGCUCAUGAAAUUCAGCGUUUCAAUAGGGAUGCUGAUGAAACUGUUGCAUGGAUUUCAGAAAAGGAUGUUGUCUUGUCCUCUGAUGACUAUGGGCGUGACUUGGCUAGUGUUCAGACACUGCAGAGAAAACAUGAGGGUGUCGAACGAGAUCUGGCUGCACUUGAAGAUAAAGUUUCUACUCUUGGGCAGGAAGCAGAUCGCUUAUGUGCUAUUCAUGCAGAUCAUGCUGACCAGAUUCAGGCAAAAAGAGCUGAAAUUGUUGCUUAUUGGGAGAGCCUUACAAGAAAAGCUGAGGAACGUCGCCAAAAGUUGGAUGAAUCAUACUACUUGCAUCGUUUUCUGGCAGACUUCAGAGACUUAAUUUCAUGGAUUAAUGACAUGAAAGCAAUAAUAUCUGCAGAUGAGUUAGCCAAAGAUGUAGCAGGUGCUGAAGCACUGUUGGAAAGACACCAAGAACAUAAGGGUGAAAUUGAUGCAAGGGAAGACAGUUUCCGAGCAACAGCAGAAGCUGGGCAGCUACUAUUAAAACAUGGUCAUUAUGCCUCUGAGGAAGUAAAAGAUAAGCUUGGUGUUCUGAGUUCAGAGAAAGCAUCAUUGUUGUCUAUGUGGGAAGAACGUCGCAUUCUUUAUGAGCAGUGCAUGGAUUUACAACUUUUCUAUCGUGACACAGAACAGGCAGAUACUUGGAUGGCCAAACAAGAGGCAUUUUUGGCUAAUGAAGACCUUGGUGAUUCCUUAGACUCUGUUGAGGCACUUAUUAAAAAGCAUGAAGAUUUUGAGAAAUCUUUGGCAGCACAAGAGGAGAAAAUAAAAGCACUUGAUGAAUUUGCCACAAAAUUAAUAGAGGGUCAGCAUUAUGCUGCUGAUGAUGUUGCACAACGCAGAGCAAUGCUUUUAGAACGCCGUUCAGCUCUGCUAGAGAAAUCAGCCCAGCGUAGAGCAAUUCUCGAAGACUCAAAUCGCUUCCAACAGUUUGAAAGGGACUGUGAUGAAACUAAAGGUUGGAUCAAUGAGAAACUAAAGUUUGCCACUGAUGAUAGCUAUCUUGAUCCCACAAAUCUGAAUGGAAAAGUGCAGAAACAUCAAAACUUUGAACAGGAACUUAAUGCCAAUAAGUCACGAAUGGAUGAGAUUGCUUCCACUGGACAGGAAUUGAUUGAAGCAAAUCACUAUGCAUCAGAUAGAAUCCAGUCACGCAUGGAUGAAAUCUUGCAGUUGUGGGAGACACUAGUUUCAGAAACAGAGAAGAAAGGUUCAAAAUUACAAGAGGCUUCUCAACAGCAGCAGUUCAAUAGAACGGUUGAGGAUGUAGAAUUGUGGUUGUCAGAAAUUGAGGGUCAACUGAUGAGCGAAGACUAUGGCAAGGAUCUGACAAGUGUGCAGAAUCUUCAGAAGAAGCAUGCAUUGUUGGAAGCAGACGUUGCUUCACAUCAAGAUCGUAUUGAAGGCAUUCGUGUUGCUGCAGCACAGUUUGUGGAAAGAGGACAUUUUGAUGCCGACAAUAUAAAAGCUAAGGAGCUUGCACUAACUGAACGAUACUCUGCAUUGCAACGUCCAAUGAACAUCCGCAAGCAACGCCUGCUUGAUUCACUGCAAGUGCAGCAACUUUUCCGUGAUAUCGAAGAUGAGGAAGCAUGGAUAAGAGAGAAGGAACCAGUAGCUGCAUCUACAAACAGAGGGCGUGAUCUUAUUGGUGUGCAGAAUCUUAUCAAGAAACAUCAGGCUGUCUUAGCAGAAAUUAAUAAUCAUGAAAAUCGUAUAACUGCUGUGUAUCAGUCAGGUCAGCAAAUGCUGGAUGAGGGACACUUUGCAAGUGAUGAAAUAAAACAGAGGGUUGCGACGCUAAAUGAUCACUGGACACAACUAAAAGAUAAAGCUCUGCAGAGGAAACAAGAUCUGGAAGAUUCACUUCAAGCACAUCAGUACUUUGCAGAUGCAAAUGAAGCAGAAUCAUGGAUGAAAGAGAAGGAACCAAUUGUGUGUAAUACUGACUAUGGAAAGGAUGAAGAUUCGAGUGAGGCUCUUCUCAAAAAGCACGAGGCACUUGUUUCUGAUUUGGAAGCUUUUGGAAACACAAUUUUAAGUCUCCGUGAGCAAGCACAAUCGUGCAGGCAACAAGAAACACCUGUAAUUGAUGUCUCAGGGAAAGAAUGUGUUAUGGCACUGUAUGAUUAUACAGAAAAAUCACCCCGUGAGGUUUCCAUGAAGAAGGGUGAUGUUCUCACUCUUCUGAAUUCAAACAACAAGGAUUGGUGGAAAGUUGAAGUUAAUGAUCGUCAAGGAUUUGUUCCAGCUGCAUAUGUUAAGAAGAUUGAAGCAGGAUUAUCUGCCUCUCAGCAGAACCUUGCAGACAAGAAUUCAAUAGCAGCAAGACAAAAUCAGAUUGAAGCUCAGUAUGAUCAGUUACUGAGUUUGGCUAGGGAACGCCAAAAUAAACUCAAUGAGACUGUAAAGGCUUAUGUGCUGGUUCGUGAAGCAGCAGAACUUGCAACUUGGAUAAAAGACAAGGAAAGUUAUGCUGAAGUAGCUGAUGUUGGAGAAGACCUGGAACAAGUUGAGGUUAUGCAAAAGAAGUUUGAUGAUUUCCAAGCUGAUCUAAAAGCAAAUGAAGUCAGACUUGCAGAAAUGAAUGAAAUAGCAAUGCAGCUCAUGAGUCUCGGGCAGACAGAAGCUGCCUUGAAAAUACAGACACAGAUAGAGGAUUUGAAUCAGAAGUGGACGUCACUGCAGCAGCUAACAUCAGAGAGGGCCACACAGUUAGGGUCUGCACACGAAGUUCAGCGUUUCCACAGAGAUGUUGAUGAGACAAAAGACUGGAUUCAAGAAAAAGAUGAAGCUCUAAACAAUGAAGACUUGGGAAAAGAUCUGAGAAGUGUGCAAGCUCUACAGAGGAAGCACGAAGGUCUUGAGAGGGAUUUGGCUGCACUGGGAGACAAGAUCAGGCAGCUUGAUGAAACCGCAAACAGGCUUAUGCAGACUCAUCCAGAAACAGCUGAUCAGACGUAUGCCAAACAGAAAGAGAUCAAUGAAGAGUGGACUCAACUCACAGCAAAGGCAAAUAGCCGCAAAGAGAAGUUGUUGGAUUCAUAUGAUCUCCAACGUUUCUUGAGUGACUAUCGUGAUUUGAUGUCGUGGAUCAAUAGUAUGAUGGGCCUUGUUUCCAGUGAUGAACUUGCAAAUGAUGUCACAGGAGCUGAAGCUUUAUUAGAAAGACAUCAGAAUCAUCGAGCGGAGAUAGAUGCCCGCUAUGGGGUUGCUCAGGAACAUCGAACGGAAAUAGAUGCUCGUGCAGGGACAUUCCAAGCUUUUGACUUAUUUGGACAACAGCUUUUGCAUUCUGGUCAUUAUGCAAGUGUUGAGAUACAAGAAAAAUUGGAAAGCAUGGCAGAAGCCCGUCAAGAACUUGAAAAGGCUUGGAUUGCACGACGAAUGCAACUUGAUCAAUGUUUAGAGUUACAGCUGUUCUAUAGAGAUUGUGAACAGGCUGAAAACUGGAUGUCAGCUAGGGAAGCAUUUCUUGCUGCAGAAGAAGUUGAUUCAAAGGGAGAUAAUGUCGAAGCUCUCAUCAAAAAACAUGAAGAUUUUGACAAAGCCAUAAAUGCUCAUGAAGAAAAGAUUGCAGCACUUCAGACAUUGGCUGACCAGUUAAUUGGUGCUGAUCAUUACGCUUCUAAACAAAUUGAUGAGAAGCGCUGUCAGGUGCUUGACAGGUGGCGUCACUUGAAAGAAGCUUUGAUUGAGAAACGCUCACGCUUAGGCGAAUCACAGACUCUGCAACAGUUCAGCCGUGAUGCAGAUGAAAUGGAGAACUGGAUUGCAGAGAAGCUGCAACUAGCCACAGAAGAAAGUUACAAGGACCCUGCCAAUAUACAGUCAAAGCACCAGAAACACCAAGCUUUUGAAGCAGAACUUGCUGCUAAUGCUGACAGAAUCCAGAGUGUAAUUGCCAUGGGUCAGAAUCUCAUAGACAAGCAUCAGUGUGCAGGAUCUGAAGAAGCAGUUCAGGCCAGGCUUGCAUCUAUAGCAGACCAGUGGGAGUACUUGACCCCAGAAAACACAGAGAAAACAGUGAAGCUGAAGGAAGCCAACAAACAGCGAACAUAUGCUGCUGUGAAAGAUCUUGAUUUCUGGUUAGGAGAAGUAGAAUCACUUUUGACAUCUGAGGACUCAGGAAAAGACCUUGCAUCUGUGCAGAAUCUGAUAAAGAAGCACCAGCUUGUUGAGGCUGAUAUACAGGCACAUGAAGAUCGCAUUAAAGACAUGAAUGCACAAGCUGAUUCACUAAUUGAGAGUGGUCAGUUUGAUACAGCAAGUAUUCAAGAGAAACGACAAUCAAUAAAUGAACGCUAUGAACGCAUAAAGAAUCUUGCAGCUCAUCGUCAGGCUAGAUUGAAUGAAGCGAAUACGCUCCACCAGUUCUUCAGGGAUAUCGCAGAUGAAGAAUCAUGGAUAAAAGAGAAGAAAUUGCUUGUUGGAUCUGAUGACUAUGGCCGCGAUUUGACAGGUGUUCAGAACCUGAAAAAGAAGCACAAGAGAUUGGAGACUGAACUUGCAUCACAUGAACCAGCCAUUCAGGCCGUGCAGGAAGCUGGAGAGAAGUUAAUGGAUGUCUCAAAUUUGGGUGUUCCAGAAAUUGAACAGCGUCUCAAGCUCCUUAAUCAGGCAUGGGCAGAGCUUAAGCAGAUGGCAGCUACUCGUGGUCAGAAGCUGGAUGAGUCCCUUACAUAUCAGCAGUUUUUGGCAAAAGUGGAAGAAGAAGAAGCUUGGAUAAGUGAGAAGCAACAGCUCUUGGGAGUAGAAGAUUAUGGUGAUACAAUGGCUGCAGUUCAAGGCCUUCUAAAGAAACAUGAUGCUUUUGAAACAGACUUUGCUGCACAUGGAGAUCGUUGUGCAGAUAUCUGUGCUGCUGGUCAAAAGUUAAUCGCAGACAACAAUCAUCACAUGGAAAGCAUAGCCCAGCGUUGUCAACAGCUACAGGUGAAAUUAGAUCACUUGGCCUCACUUGCUGCUCGUCGCAAGUUAAAGUUAAUGGAAAAUUCAGCAUAUUUACAAUUCAUGUGGAAAGCAGAUGUUGUUGAAUCAUGGAUUGCUGAUAAGGAAACUCACGUUCGAUCAGAAGAAUUUGGUCGUGAUCUUUCCACUGUGCAGACACUUCUGACAAAACAAGAGACAUUUGAUGCAGGUCUCCAUGCAUUUGAACAUGAAGGUAUCCAGAACAUCACAAGUCUGAAAGAACAGUUAGUUUCAGCUUCACACGAUCAGACACCUGCGAUUCUCAAGAGACAUGCUGAUGUAAUAGCCAGAUGGCAGAAGUUGCUGGCAGAUUCAGAUGCUCGUAAGCAGAAAUUACUCCGAAUGCAAGAACAGUUCAGACAGAUUGAAGAACUGUAUCUCACAUUUGCAAAGAAGGCUUCAGCAUUUAAUUCUUGGUUUGAAAAUGCAGAGGAAGAUUUAACUGACCCAGUUCGCUGCAAUUCUAUUGAAGAAAUCAGGGCAUUGAGAGAGGCGCAUCAACAAUUUCAGGCCUCCCUUUCAUCAGCACAAGCUGAUUUUGAUGCCCUUGCGAAGUUGGAUCAGCAGAUAAAGAAUUUUAAUGUUGGGCCAAAUCCAUACACUUGGUUUACGAUGGAAGCACUAGAAGAUACAUGGAGAAAUCUACAGAAGAUUAUUAAGGAACGAGAUAUUGAGCUCUCUAAAGAAGCACAGAGACAAGAGGAAAAUGACAAAUUGAGGAAGGAGUUCGCAAAACAUGCCAAUGCAUUCCACCAAUGGCUUACAGAGACCAGAGCAUCUAUGAUGGAAGGUUCUGGAUCUCUAGAACAGCAGCUGGAGGCAACAAAGCGAAAAGCUGGAGAAGUCAGAGCACGACGAUCUGAUCUGAAACGAAUAGAAGACUUGGGAGCGAUUCUUGAAGAACACCUGAUCCUGGAUAAUAGGUAUACAGAGCACAGUACUGUUGGUCUUGCACAACAAUGGGACCAGCUCGAUCAGUUAGGCAUGCGUAUGCAGCAUAAUUUGGAACAACAAAUUCAAGCACGUAACCAAUCUGGAGUUAGUGAAGACGCACUCAAAGAAUUUUCAAUGAUGUUCAAACACUUUGAUAAAGAUAAGAGUGGUCGCCUGAAUCAUCAAGAAUUCAAAUCCUGCCUGCGUGCUUUGGGUUAUGAUCUUCCAAUGGUGGAAGAAGGUCAACCUGAUCAUGACUUUGAUGCCAUUCUUGAUAUUGUAGAUCCUAACAGAGAUGGUUAUGUGUCACUGCAAGAAUACAUGGCCUUCAUGAUUAGUAAGGAGACUGAGAAUGUACAGAGCUCAGAAGAAAUUGAAAAUGCAUUUAGAGCUAUCACAGCUGGAGAUCGGCCAUACGUCACUAAAGAAGAAUUGUAUGCUAAUCUCACAAAAGAAAUGGCAGACUACUGUGUUGCUCGAAUGAAGCCUUACGUUGAUCCCAAAACAGAAAGACCCAUUCAAGGAGCCUUGGAUUACAUUGAAUUCACGCGUACAUUAUUUCAGAACUGAAGCAUAAGUAUUUAAUAUAAAUUAUUUUCAAGGUAUUAAUUUUGCAAAGUACAUACUCAUGUUUUCCUUAGUACCUGCUUUUCACUGAAAUUGGAAAUCUGUUACUGAUGUCAUGUAAUGUUCAUCAGAUAACAGUUUACUGCAUUUGGUUAUUGAACAUAGAGACUAUUUAAAUAGCUUGCCUUUUAUGUUACUUUUAUACAAGUGUGUUAACAUAUUGGUUAUACCUGAAGAUAAAUGCAUUUAAGAUGUUUUGCUUACAGUAGCAGUUGCACAAUAUUCUGCUAUAUGCUUUAGAUAAUGGAAAAAUUAAUGGUAGCUCUAUUGUUAUCCUGCAGAAUUACUGUAAAAAAGAGUAUGUAAAGAAAGCCACUGUGAAAUUAUAUUUUAUGAUAGAGUAUUAAGAAUCUGUAUUACAUUAAUUUUUUUCCUUCAUUAUAAGAUUGAUGUUGGAGCAGACUUCACAAACCACAAAGCCACAUUUGUGAUUCCCACUUUCAAAAUCUCAAAAAUGUAAAAUUAGAAAAUCUAGACUCUGUAAACAUUUUUACAGUUUUUCACAUUGUUAUAAUGUUCUAUAAAUCUAACAAAAACAGAGAUCUAUUUAUUGAUUUUAUCCAAUGGAAAUAUUUGUUUAAUGUGCCUGCAUAAGAUUUUAUUUUUAGUUUGGCAGCUGUUUGUUGUAAACAAUGAAAAUCGUUAAUAAAAGACAAUUUUUAAAAAUUGG